AGAAAACGCCGAUUCAAUUGGAAAUAUUGUAGCAAUAAUUAACUUAUAGUCGGAUGUUAGGAUUAGGCGUGCCUCGACUUCGCACACGACCCUCGUUGCUGGAUCUGAUUGCCAGUCAAAAAACCGCAGUGUUGUCGGGAGUUGGUUCGAGGUCGUCAUCACCGCCUGAGCUAGAAGGCCAAAACCAGCAGUUGGAACUGCCACCGCUCCCCGUGUCGCCCACUUCAUCAUCCUGCAGCAGCGACAACAGCCUCUCCUCCCCUCUUUCUCCCAUCCACCGCCGCCCCUCUUCCUCCACUCCCUCCAUCCACGACCAUACUUCACACAAGAUGGCCCCAUCCGCUGCUGAUGGCGAGAACCAGCAUGGUUCCGUCUUCUCCGUCUCCGGACCCGUCGUCGUGGCCGAGCAUAUGAUCGGUUGUGCUAUGUACGAGUUGUGUCGAGUCGGUCAUGAUCUGCUUGUCGGAGAAGUCAUUCGUAUCGAUGGAGAUAAGGCCACCAUUCAGGUCUACGAGGAAACCGCUGGCUUGACGGUUGGCGACCCCGUUCAGCGUACAGGCAAGCCUCUUUCGGUUGAGCUCGGUCCCGGUUUGAUGGAAACGAUUUACGACGGUAUUCAGCGCCCCCUGAAGGAUAUCUCCGAACAGUCCAAGGGUAUCUACAUUCCCCGUGGUAUUGCAGUCAAUGCCUUGGAUCGUGAGAGGAAAUGGGACUUCAAGCCUGGGAAAUACAAGGUCGGCGAUCACAUCACUGGUGGUGACAUCUGGGGUACCGUUUUCGAGAACAGCUUGGUGAAUGACCACAAGAUCAUCCUUCCUCCCCGCGCGAGGGGUACUAUUACCAGAAUCGCCGAGGCUGGUAGCUACACAGUUGAUGAGAAACUUCUUGAAAUUGAGUUCAAUGGCGUGAAGACUGAGCACAGUAUGAUGCACACCUGGCCCGUCCGUGUGCCCAGACCUGUGAACGAGAAGCUGGCCUCCGACUCUCCGUUCAUUGUCGGCCAGCGAGUGUUGGACUCUCUUUUCCCCAGUGUCCAAGGUGGUACCGUCUGCAUUCCCGGCGCCUUCGGAUGCGGUAAGACUGUCAUUUCUCAGAGUGUGUCCAAGUUCUCCAACAGUGAUAUCAUCGUCUACGUCGGUUGCGGUGAGCGUGGUAAUGAGAUGGCUGAAGUGUUGAUGGAUUUCCCCGAGCUUUCCAUCGACAUCGACGGUCGCAAGGAGCCUAUCAUGAAGCGUACCUGCCUGAUCGCUAACACCUCCAACAUGCCUGUCGCCGCCCGUGAAGCCUCUAUCUACACCGGUAUUACGAUCGCCGAAUACUUCCGUGACCAAGGAAAGGACGUGGCUAUGAUGGCGGAUUCCAGUUCUCGCUGGGCCGAGGCUCUCCGUGAAAUCUCCGGUCGUCUGGGAGAGAUGCCUGCUGAUCAGGGUUUCCCCGCCUACCUUGGUGCUAAGCUUGCCUCCUUCUAUGAGCGUGCCGGAAGGAGUAUCGCCCUCGGAAGCCCCGAGAGAACCGGCAGUGUCAGUAUUGUCGGUGCCGUCAGCCCUCCAGGUGGUGAUUUCUCGGACCCUGUUACCAGCAGCACUCUCGGUAUCGUCCAGGUUUUCUGGGGUCUGGACAAGAAGCUGGCCCAGCGCAAGCACUUUCCUUCGAUCAAUACGUCGAUCUCCUACAGCAAGUAUACCACGGUUCUGGACCGGUACUACGAGAAGCACCACCCCGAGUUCCCUCGUCUGCGUGAUCAGAUUCGUGAGCUUUUGACCAAAUCGGAAGAUCUGGACCAGGUGGUGCAGUUGGUCGGUAAGGCGGCAUUGGGUGACUCGGAUAAGAUCACCCUGGAUGUGGCUGCCAUGGUCAAGGAUGAUUUCCUGCAACAGAACGGCUACAGUGACUACGAUCAGUUCUGUCCCCUGUGGAAGACUGAGUACAUGAUGAAAGCUUUCAUGGGCUACCAUGACGAAGCGCAGAAGGCCGUUGCCCAGGGUCAGAAUUGGGCCAAGGUUCGCGACGCCACGGGUGAUAUCCAGACCGCUCUGCGGAACAUGAAGUUCGAAGUGCCAGACAACGAGGCGGAGGUGUCUAACAAGAUUUUGAGCCCAUUUGAGAUAAAUGUCAACGAUCCCAGCUUGAUCUCCCUGGUCAAUAAGCUGCAGGAUGUCUUCGCUACUGUCGGAGUUCACAACCCCAUCGACCUGCCUCAAAUUGCCGUUGUCGGUUCGCAGUCUAGCGGAAAGAGUUCCGUCUUGGAGAAUAUUGUUGGCCGCGAUUUCCUGCCCCGUGGUUCCGGAAUUGUCACUCGCAGACCCCUCAUUCUGCAACUGAUCAACAAGCCCGCUGCCAACGCACAGACCAACGGUGUGAAGGAAGAAGAGUUGGAAGGCACGGAUAAGGAGGCAAACGUGGACGAGUACGGCGAGUUCCUGCACAUUCCCGGCCAAAAGUUCUACGACUUCAACAAGAUUCGCGAUGAAAUCGUGCGCGAAACCGAACAGAAAGUUGGCCGCAACGCCGGCAUCUCGCCCGCCCCGAUCAACCUCCGCAUCUACUCGCCCAACGUUCUGACGCUGACGCUGGUUGACUUGCCCGGUUUGACCAAGGUGCCGGUGGGUGAUCAGCCCAAGGACAUCGAAAAACAGAUUCGGGACAUGGUCAUGAAGUAUAUCAGCAAGCCCAAUGCUAUCAUCCUUGCUGUCACUUCCGCUAACCAGGAUUUGGCCAAUUCGGAUGGCUUGAAGCUGGCGCGCGAGGUGGAUCCCGAGGGUCAGCGUACCAUCGGUGUCUUGACCAAGGUGGAUCUGAUGGACGAGGGCACCGAUGUCGUGGAUAUUCUUGCAGGCAGGAUUAUCCCCUUGCGCCUGGGUUAUGUGCCGGUGGUCAACCGCGGUCAGCGCGAUAUUGAGAACAAGAAGCCCAUUGCGUAUGCGCUGGAGAACGAGAAGAACUUCUUCGAGAACCACAAGGCUUAUCGCAACAAGUCGUCAUACUGUGGAACGCCCUAUCUUGCCAGGAAGUUGAACUUGAUCCUCAUGAUGCACAUCAAGCAAACGCUUCCCGACAUCAAGGCCCGCAUCUCGUCCUCUCUUCAGAAAUACUCUUCCGAACUUUCGCAGCUUGGCGACUCGAUGCUCGGUAACAGCGCUAACAUCAUACUGAACAUUAUCACCGAGUUCAGCAAUGAGUACCGCACUGUGCUGGAGGGUAACAACACCGAACUUUCGAGUAUUGAGCUGUCCGGAGGUGCCCGUAUCAGCUUCGUGUUCCACGAGCUCUACUCGAACGGUGUCAAGGCAGUCGAUCCUUUUGAUCAGGUGAAGGACAUUGAUAUCCGUACUAUCCUCUACAACUCUUCCGGAUCGUCACCAGCUCUCUUCGUUGGCACGACCGCUUUCGAAUUGAUUGUGAAGCAACAGAUCAAGCGACUGGAGGAUCCUAGCUUGAAGUGUAUUUCCUUGGUGUACGACGAACUCGUCCGCAUUCUUGGUCAGCUUUUGAACAAGCAGCUCUUCCGGAGGUAUCCUAUGCUAAAGGAGAAGUUCCAUGCCGUGGUCAUUGGAUUCUUCAAGAAGUGCAUGGAGCCGACCAACAAACUGGUUCGGGAUCUUAUCGCCAUGGAGACGGUUUACAUCAAUACUGGACACCCCGACUUCCUCAACGGACACCGCGCCAUGGCUAUUGUCAACGAACGUCAACUUGGAAGCAAGCCGACGCAAGUAGACCCCAAGACCGGCAAGCCCCUCCCUCCGCGGGCCAACAGCCCUUCGGUCGAGACCCCUACCGACACCGGCAGCUCUGGGUUCUUCGGCAGCUUCUGGGCGUCGAAGAACAAGAAGAAGAUGGCUGCUAUGGAGCCGCCACCGCCCACUCUGAAGGCCUCUGCCGCCCUGUCCGAGCGGGAGAGCAGCGAAGUUGAAGUGAUCAAGCUGCUUAUCACAUCGUACUUCAACAUUGUCAAGCGCACCAUGAUCGAUAUGGUUCCCAAGGCCAUCAUGUACACCCUUGUCCAAUUCACCAAGGAUGAGAUGCAGCGCGAGCUCCUGGAGAUGAUGUACCGCAACAACGAGUUGGAUGAACUCCUCAAGGAGAGCGAUUACACCAUCCGCCGGCGGAAAGAGUGCCAGCAAAUGGUGGAGAGCCUAUCCCGCGCUAGCGAGAUUGUCAGCCAGGUUCAGUGAGUCCCAAAGUUGAAUGGUUGAUUUUACUUUUCAUACACCCGGUUGCUUUCUGUUGUCCUGGUAGCCAGUCUUUUUGGAGGGGCUCAGUCUCUUGCGGGGAGUUGAUGAUGCCUUAUGUUUAUAUUUUCUUCUGAUGCAAGAAUUCCACGGCCGCAUGGUGGAUGAACGGUUGCCAAGAUUUGACGAAUUUGUAUCGCCUAAUGACU